CCUCACUGACGGGGGCCACCUUUUCCCGGCGCCACAGCCAGACCUUGACACAAAGGACAUCAAACUGCCGAGGGUGAAAAUCCCGGAAGGGCGGACACCUUCACAUCGCCUUUCGCCACCUUUCCCCUUAUUUCCGGAGAGUCAAGGAAACUUUUCUUUUGAGCUAUUUACAGCUAUUUUUGAGCUAUUUGUAUUUAUAUGCAAAAGUAUACUUCUCUGAACAAAAUUUGGAGCAUGUUUCUUUCUCUCUAUCUGAGUUUUCCAGAAUCUGGAAACUACCUAUAUUUAUUGAGUGUCUGCUGUGUGCCAGGCACUACAUCUAUGUGCACAGAAAAACCGUGGAAGGCCAUACAGUGAUACAUAUACAGUGAUUGUCUCCGCUUGCUGAGAUAACAGGGGUGUCAAGCUUCCAUUUUUGCUAUCUACUUCUAAAUACACUCAGAACAGGAGAAAUUUGGACUAAUUUUCGAACUACAGAUACUUUCUAAUCAUGAUGCAUUUCAAAAGUGGACUCGAAUUAACUGAGUUGCAAAACAUGACAGUGCCUGAGGAUGACAACAUUAGCAAUGAUUCCAAUGAUUUCACUGAAGUAGAAAAUGGUCAAAUAAACAGCAAGUUUAUUUCUGAUCGUGAAAGUAGAAGAAGUCUCACAAACAGCCAUUUGGAAAAAAAGAAAUGUGAUGAAUAUAUUCCAGGUACAACCUCCUUAGGCAUGUCUGUUUUUAACCUAAGCAACGCCAUUAUGGGCAGUGGAAUUUUGGGACUCGCCUUUGCCCUGGCAAACACUGGAAUCCUACUUUUUCUGGUACUUUUGACUUCAGUGACAUUGCUGUCUAUAUAUUCAAUAAACCUCCUACUGAUCUGUUCAAAAGAAACAGGCUGCAUGGUAUAUGAAAAGCUGGGGGAACAAGUUUUUGGCACCACAGGGAAGUUCGUAAUCUUUGGAGCCACCUCUCUUCAGAACACUGGAGCAAUGCUGAGCUACCUCUUCAUAGUAAAAAAUGAACUACCCUCUGCCAUAAAGUUUCUAAUGGGAAAGGAAGAGGCAUUUUCAGCCUGGUACGUGGAUGGCCGACUUCUAGUGGUAAUAGUUACCUUUGGCAUAAUUCUCCCUCUGUGUCUCUUGAAGAACUUAGGGUAUCUUGGCUAUACUAGUGGAUUUUCCUUGAGCUGCAUGGUUUUUUUUCUAAUAGUGGUUAUUUACAAGAAAUUUCAAAUUCCCUGCAUUGUUCCAGAGCUAAAUUCAACAAUAAACGCUAAUUCAACAAAUGCUGACAUGUGUACGCCAAAAUAUGUUACCUUCAAUUCAAAGACCGUGUAUGCUUUACCAACCAUUGCAUUUGCAUUUGUCUGCCACCCAUCAGUCCUGCCAAUUUACAGUGAGCUUAAAGACCGAUCACAGAAAAAAAUGCAGAUGGUUUCAAACAUCUCUUUUUUUGCCAUGUUUGUUAUGUACUUCUUGACUGCCAUUUUUGGCUACCUGACAUUCUAUGACAAUGUUCAGUCAGACCUCCUUCACAAGUACCAGAGUAAAGAUGACAUUCUCAUCCUGACAGUGCGGCUGGCUGUCAUUGUCGCUGUGAUCCUCACAGUGCCGGUGUUAUUUUUCACAGUUCGUUCAUCUUUAUUUGAACUGGCUAAGAAAACAAAGUUUAAUUUAUGUCGUCAUAUUGUGGUUACCUGCAUACUCUUGGUUAUUAUCAACUUGUUGGUGAUCUUCAUACCCUCCAUGAAAGAUAUUUUUGGAGUCGUAGGAGUUACAUCUGCUAAUAUGCUUAUUUUUAUUCUUCCUUCAUCUCUUUAUUUAAAAAUCACAGACCAGGAUGGAGAUAAAGGAACUCAAAGAAUUUGGGCUGCUCUUUUCUUGGGCCUGGGGGUGUUGUUCUCCUUGGUCAGCAUUCCCUUGGUCAUCUAUGACUGGGCCUGCUCAUCGAGUACUGAUGAAGGCCACUGAGACCAGCCGAGAAAAAGAAAUAUUCCUGUUGUCUGCUCAGUCAAGUCCCCACACAUCAGCAAUCUCUCAUCACUUCUUUUGCAAGUUUACAGAAGCAAACAGAAAUGUACAGGAUACUUAAAAUGGAAUAACACUUUGGUUCCAAAACAGAGACAUGUUUCUAUAAUGCUUCAUGUCCCUCCAAGAUCUGGGAUCAAUUUAGGGGUUGUGAAUUUUUUUUUCAAAUUUCAUAUAAUCAUAUUUCCCAAUACCUUUCACAGUGAGUUUUUACCCAUCUAAUUCUAUGAUUUGUGGCUUCGUGGUCCUUUAGAACUUUGAAAACAUGAUAAGCAAUCAUGUUUAUUUAUUAUACAUCCAGAUUCUGAAAUAAUUUUCCUACUGAUGUUCAGCUCACACUAUCUGUACCUUUUUAGAAGAGAAAAGAAUCUUGAAUUGUAUAUAUUUAUUUUGCUUUACAGAAAAAAAUGGUUUCGUAAAUAAUUUGCCUAUUUUGGUUAACAUAGCACACAGAGAUAAUCAUCUGAAAGUUAUAGGGCACUGCCACUGCUGAAUCAGAGCACGCCCAAUAUUUGAGGUGGCUCUGAUCACCUGGCAGCUGAGCUCAGGCAGUCCAGUGGCCUAGCUGGUACCACAUCCCAUUCACAUCCAGAGACAUUCUCUGGAAAGUGUUCUCAGCUGAAAAGAACUUUAUUUAAUUACUUACCUUGGUAAUUAAAUGAAGCUACACAUCUGGGUAAUCUAGCAAAUGAAGUAUUGUUUCCCUCUUGGCAACUUGUGUCAGAGUUACUCUGGUCUGAGUCAACUUUCGAUGGGGAAGACCAAUGGAACCUACUGCAAAAAGAUUGUCCAAAAUGCCUAAGAAAAUACUCCUCUGAUGCAUUUAGCCUUCAUUCCUAUACCUGUCUUGUUGAAGGGAGAAAAAUGUUUUAGUACAUCAUAGGCCAAUCAGCUUUUAUUCAUGUCCACCAGCUAGUUGCACAGAGAAUCAUGUGUACCUAACUAAGGAUGAUCUAGGAUAAGUAACUCCUGUUUUAUAUUGAGUAUUUUAGGGAAGUCUUUAAAAGACUUGUUUUAUAUCUAUAAAUCUAGGUUAUUACAAAUACAAGAUUUUUGUACCUUAAAUAAGCCUCAUUUCUAUUUCUUCUUUGUUAAUUCUCCAUCUAGAGUCUUGCGGGAAAAAAGAAUCCUGAGAGAUAGUCUUUGUGAAGAGUUUUGGCAGAAUCACUGGGUACUUGAAAACAUGAUAAGCAAUCAUGUUUGUUUAUUUAUUAAACAUUCAGAUUCUGAAAUAAUUUUCCUUCUCCCAGAUGAGAAAGACAAGGGGGUCUCAGUAUCUGUGCUGUCUCCUCUUCUCUUCCCCAACCAAGGAGUGUGCCAUUAUUGCCCAUCCCAACUGAUCCAUGCAGGAGGACAGAGGUGCCUGGUACUUUUACCCUAGUCCCUCUCCUAAAGGGAGCACAAGGAAACUGUGAAAAGACUGAAAAUGAAGACAGUUUGUAGCUGAAAAAGGAAUGGGGAUAGCAAGGAAACCCAGAACUGCAUUCCCCUAAGUGGGACCAUCCCCUGUGAUUGGAUUGUUCAUAGUUAACAUACGGUGAGAAAUACGCAUGCUCUGUGAUCUGGUCUCUUGAAACAGGACUUAUAUUUCCUCUAUAUUCUGGUUGAAUUUUCCAAACACAUAAGUUCACUGAGCACAGAUUUCUUGUCCAGAGAUAAGUAGAAUCUAACUGCAGACUGUUGGCAGAGUUUCUAGGCACUUAGCCAUGUUCCCUUCCUGACUCAAAUCCCCAAAGGCCUUCACUCUCACUGAGAAUCACACGGAACUGUCUUUGCCCAUUACAGACAAAUGACCCAUAGAUAAGGCAGUCAUUGAAGCACCUGUCAUGAUCCUCUUGCAGGGAGAAUGAAAGGUUAUUUCCUGCCUUGCAUCAUCAUAGCUUUUAAUAUAAUGCUACAGAAUUAUAUCCACAUUAGGUCAGAGUUCAGAUAUUUAGAUAUGAAUACCUGACCUAGCCAUAUCCACAGCCAUCUCUGUCCUUUUCAGCAAUGUUUUCCAUAUCAUAUUAGCAAUGACAGAAACAGAACAAACCAAGAUUCAGUCGGUUCUUGGGAGCUUGUCUAGAGUGCCAAGUAAUGAAAUAGCCAGGUAGUGGGAUGACCUUACCUUUGAAAAUACGUUAAUUUAGUUUGCAAACUAUAUUAUGCUACUUUCUAUUUUCCUCAUUACUUUAUAGCAAUUCAUUUUAUACUCACAAAGUCAAUUUAGAACAUUAUCAUUAACUAGGAUGUGUAGUCAUAUUUUUGGGCCUCUGGACUUCAUAUGUAAAUAUAAGGAAUAUUUACUUAAAAUACAUUUAUUUAGAGGAGGCACACUGUUGUUGAUGUGUGUAAUAAACACACAUAUUUUUAAAAACCUUUGUAUGUUUAUCUAAAUUUGUUGUUGACUGAAUAUAAUAGACUCUACUGUAAUUUGUCAAAUAUCAAUGAUUAGUUACAUCCUUUGUGUGGGAUUAGCUGUAAAGUGUACGCUCUUAAUCUUGUUCAGAAUAGUGAACUGGUAGCCAAGAAUACAUGUAUCACAGAUGUUAGGUCGAAUUUAAAGAGCACUUUGAGAGGCCGAGGCGGGUAGAUCACGAGGUCAAGAGAUCGAGACCAUCCUGGUCAACAUGGUGAAACCCCAUCUCUACUAAAAAUACAAAAAAUUCGCUGGGCAUGGUGGCGCGUGCCUGUAAUCCCAGCUACUCAGGAGGCUGAGGCAGGAGAAUUGCCUGAACCCAGGAGGCAGAGGUUGCGGUGAGCCGAGAUCAUGCCAUUGCCCUCCAGCCUGGGUAACAAGAGUGAAACUCCAUCUCAAAAAAAAAAAAAAAAAAACACAGUCAAGUGCUAUGGAUGAUUUUCUGCUAAAUUAGUAGAUUAAAGAAUACUACACCUUAGCGAUGGGGAGCAGCACGUUUUCCCUUGGUAGGUAGGAUCUCUAUACUAGUGAACAGUGCCAGUUUCACAUUUUGAAUUUAGAACUGUUCUCUAGUUAUUGUAACACAGAAUACUGUCAAUCCCUAAUUUACUUAAUGUUGAUUAUUGGAAGUGGGACUGGUGAAACACAAACAGGAGGGAAAUCUACUCUGUUUAGGCACGGGCAGUCCCAGUGUAUAGAGAGAUCAUAUUCCAAAAAGUUGUCAGUUGGUUGUUUGCAACCUGGAAUGUAUUUUCCUUUACAGACCAGGUUAUCUAUGGUGGUUAGUCCCCUAGACCAGCUGAAAAAGAUGAUCAAACCCAUAGUUUAGCUGAAAGUGAAUAAUGUAAUAGGUUUGCCAAAAAAUCUAACCAUCAAAUAUAACAUUGUUUCCAGGAGGGUGUUUGUUCAGAGUUGCCUGUUAGUAGAAUCUGGACUGCCCAUCCUAGCCACAUACCACCUACCGGACAGGGAGGGUAGAGAUGCCACUGGACUACAGGUGACUGGAGUGGCCUGAAACAGGGUGUCCAGCAAAAAUUGGGAAGAAUGAGUCCAUGACUGUUAGAGAGCCUGGUGAUAAGAGGAGGGUGAAGGAGGGUGAUGGGGUGUCUUGUGGGUCAGAAACCUCCAGGGACAUCGCUCACUUGGUACCUCUGCUAUUGUCCGGAGAGUUCAGGUUUGUUCUGCCUGUUUCUGUUUGUCUGACUUUUGGUACCUAUGGUUCAUCUCCUGCCCUACCUACCACAGAAGAGGAUGCUGGUGCACAGCUUCUCUCAUGUACCAGUCGUUGAGGUCAGUGCACAGCACUUUUAAUGUUUUUAGUGCUAGUAACUAUGUUUUAACUUUUGAGGAAUAAGCUGGAAUGUUAGAAAAAAGAAAAAGGAGAAACAAAAGCUCUCCACCAUUUCCUUUUCUACAUUUACAAACCCUGUUGAGAAAAAGGCCCAGAAGGGUGAUGGGGAUAGGGCUUGUGGCAGACACAGUGUUGUGGUAAGUUUCCUCAGUGUUUCGGAGAGCACCCAAGACUCACCCUGGAACUGACUGCUUUCUGGAGAUUGAUUCAUGCCUCUAAGCCAGUGGUUCUCAAAAUGUGGCCCCCAGACCAGUAGCAUCAGCAUCAUCAGGGACCUUGUUAGAAUGCAGAUUCUCAGCCCCACACCCCCAAUCCAGACAUGGUCAAGUCAGAAGCUUUCAGGGUGGGGCUCAGCAGGUGAUUCUGAAGUGCAUCAAGUUUGAGAACCACACUAAGUCAAUGAGUCACCCUUUUUCUUCCCAUUAGUCCUACCUCACAAGAUGAUUCCUAUGACUCAUGGGGCAGGACACAAGAGCCAGGAUUAUAGGAAGAGGAGGAAAGGACCCUGGUUGCAGGGAUCUCUGCAAUGGCAAGAAAGCAAGUGAAUCCAGCGCUGCCACCUGGUCAUCUGCCUCUGGUUGAAAAUACCAGUGCAGGUGCACAUUCCUAAACACAGACUGCCUGCACUAAGUGUUACCUCAGGCUGAGGCAUGAUAAUAUAUUUUUUUUAAAGCUGUGAGAAAAUGAAAGUGAGGCUUUGGUGGGGGUGGGGUGGUGGUGAGAGAAAUUAAAAGAAAAGACCCUUUGUAAAUGCAGACUUAGAAGAAAUACUGAAUUUCUGUCAGAAGUAAGUUCUCCGGUGUUUGUGUUGAUUGUGUGAUGAUAAUCCUGUCCUCCUUUUAAAAAGAAUUUUCUACUGAAAAUCUGCUCUGUUUAAGGAGCUACAAACUACUCUCAAAAGAAUGAAAUGCUGAGUUCCAAUUCAGUGGGGCACAGUGUUGGACUAUGGCACAUUUAGUUGGAGUAGGGAGGAGAUCAGAAAUAUUGGAUUUUAUGCCUUAGAGCAAAACCUGUUAGUAUCUCUCAGUUUAUCAAUUUAAAGGGCUUUAGGCUUAGAGGGGAUGUAAACUUUGAGAUUAUAAUUCUCCCAUUCAAGUUCACAGCAAACACCUAACCACUUUCAAAACAAAGAAGACACAGGCCAUCAUUUAGCAAUACUAAUACAUGAUUUUCCUUCGGGAUGGCAGGUCUGAGAAUCCUUUAGCAACAGGACAUACUUCCCCUAAAUUACAGUGAAUUAUUUAUAAUGAUAUAAGGUUUUCAGAUACAAACUGAAAAUGGGGUGGCUAACAACUAAAAACUAUUACUAAAUCCAAAAGAGAAAGUUCUUGCAAAAUAUGUAAAGUUCACAAGAUGCAGACAUCUCCUUCUUUAGGUUUUUCUCUAAGGAAGGACUAUGAAAUUCGGCCCAUCUGUAUACAGGCUCAAAUUUACCUUUUAAAGGAAGAAUCUAUGCAGCUGAGGCUUAUUGCAGGAAAAUACUUCAUUUGUAUGUAAAUAUAUUGUAAAUAAAUAGGAGGCUGUAUAUUUUUGCAGUUGUUGAUCCACACUGAAAUAGAAGUCUCUAGGAUCUGCAUAUAAACAAUAAAUGUUUUCUAGAUAUUAGUGGUUUUGUUUGGGAAUUAGAAAAAUUUACAUUCCCUUCCAGGUAACAUAGUUCUCUCAAUGUAAAGUUGGAACCUAAAAUCCUACUUAACUAUUUAGAAAAAGAAAUGUCUGAGAAAUAGUUCCAUUGAUUUCUUAUGCUGGCAUUAAGAUCAAAUAAGAAAUAUUUAAACACAAAUCCUUGUCAUAUAGAAACAGAUAUAUCCAAAAUGACAAAUUGUUUCUUCAUAAUGAUCUUCCAUUGUUAACAUGGGUACCACUAUAUAGUAUUUAUGAAAACAAGUUGGGGAGAAGAAUGUUUUCUUUUCACAAUUGAAUUGCUGCAUUUUUCAAACUUUGGGAUUCUAUGAAAGGGGGGAGGGAGAACCUGAAUAUUAAUUAUGAGCACUAAUUUGAAGGAAAGGAAACAAAGAACCAUUAUUUUAUCACACUUUGAAAGUCUUGCAUGUUUGCCUUUUAUUUUAGUGUUGAUGCCGACAUAGACUGUCUUAGGUAAUUUUUUCCCCAAACACUUGAAUCUUGAUCGUUGAUAUGUAAUCCACUCUCUAGAGUCCAGUGUACUUUAGACUUCAUCUGAGUCCAGUACAUGUAGCACACCACUGUUUUAUUAAUGUAAAAACCUUGUAAAUGAAUUUCAGAUGGGUGAUUUAAGUGAGUCACAAGACACAAAAGGUUGCUAUUCAUAGUUAAUCAAAUAGAACUGGGUUUUUCUUUUUCCAGGUGUGGUGUAAAUAAAGAAAUGUAAGAAGUUCUGUUCUAUAACUGCUCUGUUAACAUCGUUUUUAAACAUUAAAAAAUGUGAACUAAAAGUA